CGGCGACGCGCUAGGGCGGCUCGCCUGUCUGUGUCGCUUGAACAUGGCAAGUCUGCAACUGAUGGCUCCCUCGGCCGUCUCUCUUCUCGUAUUUUGGUUCUCUUUUCCCCUUUCCUAUUCUUCUUCUUUCUUUUUGAUCCUUUCCUCUUUACGCGUCAAGAUGAACGGCGGGCUGCUGCUGCUACUUCGGAUGAUGACGCUCUCGGGCGAUCGGGCGAUCAGGCGAUCAGGCGAUCAUAUGAGACGCUGUUACUUGUACGGUUAGGGCGAAAACGCAUCCUCGUCCCGGGUUUGAGGCCGCCUUGGUACUCAAGAUGACGAGGACGGUACUCUCAUCGAACCGUCGAACCGCCGAGUGUUCA